UACCAACGACGUCUUAUUCACAUAAAAGUCUCAAAGUAAAACUGUUCGAUAGAGGUAGUUAGAGAUAAUUGCAGCCCAACAAAAUAAAAUGUACCGACCAUCAAUAUCUAUAUACUAAAAUUGAAUUAUGUGGAAAAUACUAAAAUAUCCAUGGCUGAGAGUUUGACAGUUGUCCAAUUUUUUGGUUUUUUGGUCAAAAUACCCAUAGCUGAGAGCUUGACACCUGUCCAAGUUUUUUUUUGGUCAUUUAUGCCCUUCUAGGUUGGGUUGGUUUUCUGCCACCUUGCUGUCAUGUGUUAUUUUAUGGUUAUAUGGUUAUGGUUUUAAGCCACGUAGCUUGGUGUGUUGUUGAGUGAUUAGAUUGCCGUUUCCAGUUUUGGUGGUUGGUGGUGUACGUGGCUUCUUUGUAGCGUUUUUGACUCCUUUCACUAGCAAGUUCCAAGUUGCUGAUUGUAUUUGUUUCACUUUUUUCAUUUGUUUUUAGUUGGCUUCCGUCUUCAAUAUACCUGUUCUGUUGUUUAGUAUUUUGGCGUGAGGCUGUGGUUUCCAGUUCGUGAUUUUCGUUCUUCUGUGGUUGAAGGUUUGAGUCAGUUUUUUGUUGUUUGGUGGUUUUGGUCUGUGCAUGUUUAUGUUCUUCUAGCACGUGUUCUGUUCUAUUGUUUAUUGUUCACAAAUUCUUGUUUUUCUUUUUGUUGGCUUGCAUUUAUCAGUUCUUUGGAUUACAUUUACAUGGUUUUGGAUUGAUCGUAUUAUUCCUUUAGAGCUAUAAUUGUUUGGUUCUGUUUUUUUUGCUUUUUGCUGAGUUGGCUAUUUUGUUUUUUGUCUCUUUUCAUUGGCUUCGAUAGUUGGAUUAUAUUUACAUGGUUUUUGAUUAAUCAUAUUAUUGUUCGUCUGUGGUGCAUGUGUGUUUUUUUAUUAACCAUAUUAUUGUUUGUCUGUUGUGCAUGUGUGAUUUUGUCCGGUUUUUGUUGUUUGGUGAUUUUGAUUUCUGCAUGUUUAUGUUCCUCUGGCACGUGUUCUGUUCUGUUUUUUAUUAUUUACAAAUUCUUGGUUUUUUUUGUUGGCUUCCAUUUGUCUGUUGUUCGUUGGAUUGCAUUUGCAUGGUUUUGAAUCGAUCAUAUUAUUCCUUUAGAGCUAUAAUUGUUUGGUUCUGUUUUUUUGCUAUUUGGUGAGUUGGGUAUUUUGUUUUUAGUCUCUUUUCACUGCUUUCGGUGGUUGGAUUGCAUUUGCAUGGUUUUUGAUUAAUCAUAUUAUUGUUUUAGAGAUAUACUAUUUUUGCUUUGCUUUUCUACUGUUUGCUGACUUGCCUAUUUUGUUUUUGAGUUGAGGUUGUUGCAUGUAUUGGCUGACUAGAUUAAUUGAUAGUAUACUUUUUGUGGUAUGUUGGCAUUGAUGAAAAUUUUAUUGCAUGUGUGGUUUAAGGGUGGGUUGGUAUUCUGUUUUCCAAAAGCUGAACUUUGUUGUGUUUGUUUUCGGCCCUUCUAUUUGUUUGUUGAUGGUUGCAAUGUUAUUUGUUCAGAGAUAUAAUUUUUGUUUCUGCUUCUCUGCUAUUUGUUGAUUUGGCUUUUAUUUUUUGGUUCAGGUUGUUGCAUGUAUUGGCUUAGUAGUUCAACGAAUAGUAUCAUAGUUUUUAUGGUAUUUUGUCAUUCAUUGAAAUGUUAUUGCAUGUGUCAUUUGAGUCUGUGUUGCUAUUCUAUUUUUUGUUAGCAUAAUUUUCUAUUCUAAAUUGACAAUCAUUCUUUACAUAGCAUUUGCAUGGUUUUGGAUUUAUUACAUUUUUCAUUUAGAAUUGGCAGGUCUAUGUAAUUUUAUGGUGAUGAUUCCUGACAAGAUUAGGUCUAUUGAUGGAUCAAAAGAGACGCUUAAGCUUGCUGUUAGGAUCACCGAUCUUUGGUUCAUUGGGACUCCCAACAAGUCUGAGCAAGCGGAAAUGGUUUUUGUUGAUUCUGAGGGUGAUCAAAUUCAUGCUAUUUGUAAAUCGAACCACCUCAAGUCUUGGAAAGCUGAUUUGAAAGAGAAUUGCACUUAUGUUAUGCAUAAUUUCAAAGUUGUUGAGAAUGAUGGUCAAUUUAGAGUGCGAACAUGAGUACAAGUUAUUUUUUAUUGGAGUGACGGUUGUUAGAGAAGCUGAUUUGCAUGAACUGCCUUUUAAGGAAUUUAGAUUUGCUGAAUUUGCAAAUGUUGUUGCUGGCAAUUUUGUGUCUGGCCUGUUGGUUGGUGAAUACAGUCACAAUUUGUGCUUUCAUUUUGAUCAUAACUUCUUUGGGUUUUUUUCAAUGACCUAUUUUCAUUUCUGGUGGUUUAAGAUAUUAUUGGGGUCGUUGAUCAGGUGGUCUUUCGGCAUGUUUCAUCAAAAAAUACCAGGGUUGUUUUUAGAAUAAAGGAUUUGAGGUUAUGGUUAAUCACAGUUUUUGCUAUCUCCUAUGUAUAUUUGGUUAUUUAGAGUUUAUAUUGUCGAGGAUUUUAUUUGUCAUUUUGCAUGAUGCUUAUGUCUAUUUUAUCCUUAUGAGGUGAUGGAUGUAAUGUUGUUUCUUUGCUGUAGUGGUGAAAUUUUGUCUUGCACACUUUGGGAGAAUUACUGGACUCAGUUCCUAUCCUAUUUGAAUGAACGUGGGGAUGAUGGGCCGAUGGUUAUUAUAUUGACACAUGCCAGAAUAAAAGAUGCGCAAGGUGAGUAUGAUAUUUUAUUUGUUGAUUUGGAUACUCAAUAGAUGAGUUUUGUCGUUGCUGUUCUUGGCAUUUACAGGAAGUUAUCCAGCUUCAGUGAGCAAUUCCUUCAAGGCGUCAAAACUAUUGAUUAAUGAUCCUAUAUUGGAAAUUCAGGAAUUUAAAGAGAGGCUUUUAGAUUUAGGUGUUGAGAUGAGUCCAGUUUUGCUACCUGGUGAUCAAGCAAAUUCACAAGUUUCAGGGGGAAGUUAGCUAUCAUCAAAGGAUUCGUUUCUUUUAAAAACUGAAGCCAAAACUAUUUUAGAAAUCAAUGCCAUUUCUGAGGACGUUGUUUAUGUUACGAUGGGGACUAUUAGCAAAAUAGUCAUGGAUAACCAUUCAUGGUGUUAUCCAGCCUGUGUUCAAUGUCAUAGGAAAACUGACAUCCAAACAGGACCAUUCACAUGCGGAUGUGGGAAGGAAAAUAAUCAGCCUGUUCUGAGGUAUAGAGUUGAAGUCAUGGUUACUCAAAACAAUAAGAGUAGCAAAUUUUUGCUCUGGGACCGUGAAUGUGCUGAAUUGAUUGGUGAAACAGCUGAUGAUGUGAAUAGGGUCAAGAUUGAAGAUGGUGAUCUUGAUUUAAAUGCUUCCCCUCAAGCACUUGACAAAUUGUUGGGUCAUGUGCUUGCUUUUAAGGUCAGGAUUCAAUCAAAAUUAAAAAAUGCAGUUGUUCUUAGAUACUCAAAAGACCUAGAUUUGAUCAAUGCUGUUCUCGAGAGGUUGCCUGAUAGUGAGGCAUGUUCCAAAAUAGAUCCUUCCAAUGUUGAUUGCAAUAAUGCUACGCAUGCUGAAUGUCUGACCAUGAUCCGGUUGCGGGAUUGCCUUUAACGCCCAAAAAACGGAUGUCAUCUGAUGAAGUUGAUGAUGAGUUAGGGAGCUCGCAAAUUUCCCCAGCCCAACUAUCGUCUAACAAAUUAACAAGACAUUCUCAUAAGAGCCAAUUUAGCUGAUUCCAGAUUCUUAUUGUUGUGUUUUCAUGGUGCUAUUAAAAUAUUGGCAUAUUGAACAAGCAAUUAUGUAGUUUUUGUUAACACUGCAUUUGUCGAUUCCCCUGGCGUUUUUUCCCAGUAUGUUGAUGCUUUGAACAUUUGAAAAGCGGUUUUUUUGGAUUCAUGCUUUUAGACGUUCUAAAUUGAGAUCUGCCCAUAUUGUGUUCCUGCUGUAGUAUUGCAAGUUUUCUUAUAUUAAA